GAGGGCCCAUGUGACCAGUGUCUCGCGAGAGUUUUUCACACGAGGCUGCGGAAAGCAUUUGUGAGGCGUGUAUUUAGAUCCACAAAGAAUUGCGUGUCUGUUGACGAGCUGAGGCCCGACACUAAACAGCAGUGCAGCGGGAGAUUAAAGGCUGUCGAGUGGCGUUUGACUUCCUGCUGUGCGUGUCUUUGGCGUGCAGGUGGCACACUGGAGUGAGAGAGUCGAUUGAAUUUCAGAAAAACACAGCCGAGAUGACUCACAGAGUGCAAAAAUGGCGAAAACUCAAAAGAAACCUAGAGCAACUUCUCAGACGUUCAGACAGUAGCGAUCAGGAUAGUGCUAGCGAGAAUCCAAGGCCUGCUAGUGUAUCUGGUGACGGCGACCGUGACAGUGUUAGUGCACCUGGGACACCAGACCGCGACAGUGUUAGUGCACCUGGGACACCAGACCGCGACAGUGUUAGUGCACCUGGGACACCAGACCGCGACAGUGUUAGUGCACCUGGGACACCAGACCGCAUCGACUUUGAGACUGAUUUUGACUGCACUGACUCUGAAUCGGAAUCAAUGAUUGCUGACCCUGAAGUGACGAGCAGCUUUGAGGAAGAACUAAGACAGUGGGCACUGGAACACAAGUUGACACACAGAGCAAUCAAUGGGUUAUUGCCAAUAUUAAGGAAGCAAGGCCACCUAUUGCCAUUGGAUUGCCGAACACUCCUCGGUACACCACAGACUAGUUCGACAGAACCAAAAUGUGGAGGCCAGUAUAAGUAUUACGGACUGGAGAAGGGCAUCCGUAGUUGCCUGAGACAUCUGGAGGGGCAGGAUGUGCACCUCAGUGUAAACAUUGAUGGUAUACCACUAUUUAAAAGUAGUGGAGUGCAGUGCUGGCCGAUACUGGGGAAAUGUGGCAAAUUUGAUCCAUUCAUUAUUGCCAUUUUCAGUGGCACAAAGAAACCUAGCCCUCCUGAGGAGUAUCUCCGAGACUUCCUGACAGAGUAUGCUCACCUCAAACAAGAUGGUAUAACUUUUGAAGGCCACACUUACUCUGUCACCAUUGACUCUUUGAUCUGUGAUGCGCCAGCCAGGGCAUUUCUGAAAUGCAUCAAGGGUCACACUUCAUAUGAGAGCUGUGAAAGAUGCAUCACCAGGGGUAUCCGCGUUGAUGGAAGAAUAGUUUUCACUGGUGAUGAAAGCACUUCCCGUACAGAUGAUGGUUUCUCAAAAGGGGAAUAUUUUAAGAACCAUCAGCAAGGACGCAGCCCCUUCAUUACUGCCGGAGUGCCUUGCGUUACCUCUUUCGUCUUGGACUACAUGCACAUGGUCUGCUUGGGUGUGGUGAGACGGAUGUUGGUGUACUUGACACGGGGCCCGAAAAUCUGCCGGUUAUCAGCAAGACAAAAAGAAACAAUUUCUGAGAAACUGGUUGCUCUGAGGGGCAAGAUGCCCAGCGAUUUUGCCCGACAGCCCCGAGCUUUACACGAGCUUGACAGAUGGAAAGCAACUGAACUAAGGCAGUUUUUGCUCUACACUGGACCUGUCGUGCUGAAAAACGUGUUGUCCCUGGAACUGUACCAACAUUUCGUGUCUUUCACUGUGGCCAUGUCGAUACUGCUGGAGUCCGAUGACAGGAUCCGCCAGCGUUAUCUUCAGUAUGCCCAAGACCUGCUCAAGCACUUUGUCAGGACCAGUGCUCGGCUCUAUGGUGAAACAUUCCCAGUGUACAAUGUACAUGGAUUAACGCAUCUCCACGAAGAUGUCCGUCACUUCCAGUGCUCCUUAAAUGAGGUGUCAUGUUUCCCCUUUGAAAAUUACCUCCAGAAAAUCAAGAAGCAUGUCAGGAGUGGAAAAAGUCCUCUGGAACAGGUGACGAGGCGUCUGGCGGAACUGGAACACUCGGGCGUGAACAUGAGCGCUACAAAGCCUAGAAAAUUUGCUUCCAUCAAAACGAAAGACUGUUGUUUUCUUUUGAAAGAUCAGCAAUUUGCCUUCAUUCGACAGCAAAAUGCAGAUGGUUCUUUUGAAUGCGAAAUCCUGCACCAGCGUCACACGUCACCAUUUUUUAGCCAACCAUGCAGCUCUGGAUUGCUUGAUAUAGUGUGCACAGCAAACGGACAGGUCAGAAUGAGAAAUGCACAGUUGCUCGAGCGGGACCUGUACCGGAAGGUGGCCUGCCUACCCCGAGAAGCUGGUGGAUUUGUCCUCAUGCCCCUCCGUCACUCGCUGGAGCAUUAUUAUUGAAGUCAUGUAUGUGAGGGCUGUGUGGAAGGAGGGUGACAGAGAGGAGGAAGGCGUGGUCCCACAGAACUGGGUGGAUGAAGGGGAAAAGGUAGUUCGGUGGCCUUCAAGGUUUAGUGUCACUAAAACAGAGAAG